AACUGCACACCUGUUUCUCCUGAGCUGCUGUGUGAGUGUGUAUGUGUUUUUCUCUGUGUGUGUGUCUGUGUGUAUGCGGUUUUCUCUGUGUGUGUGUGUGUGUCUGAGUGUUUCUUUGUGUGUGUGAGUGUGUAUAUUGUGUGUAUGACUGUAAGAGUGUAAGUGUUUGUAAGUGUGUGUGAGAGUGUGUGUGUGUGUGUGUGAAAAAUGGAGGUUUCCAUGGAGACCCUGUUGGCGACUCUGUGGAUGAAGACAUUGUUGAACUGGGUGGUGGUGUUGGUGCAGAAGGGUCAUGUGGGGCGGAGCUUCUGUGGUGUGUUCUGUGUGUCACUGGCGCUGGGCGACGCCCUCCUGCACCUGAGCGUUACCUGUAUAUUCCUGGUGCAGGACGUUCAGAUGUUCACGCUGCACCUGACUAAGUACCACGUGUGUGUUCUGGUUCAGGCGGCGUGUUCCAUCCAGGGGCUUCUGCACUGGCCCGUCUUCAUCCUCUCUGCACUGGACGUCCUGUGGAGCGCACGCCGUCCCUGUCCUCGUCCCACACAGACGCUCGUCCACAACGCCGCCAUGCUCCUGCUGUGGACUCUGUCCACAUUGUACGUCUUUACCGUCCCUGAUUCCAACCCGAUCACCAGGGACCAGGACGAUCAUGUCACCCUGCAGCUCUGUCAGGUGAUAUGUGGAGCUCAGAGCCGGCAGGUGGCCUGGGCGUCCUUGCUAACGCUUGUGGGCGUGGCCUGUUACAUGAGCUGGGUGAGGAGCCUGAACGCUGAACAGCUGAGGGAGUGUUUGGGUCACUUCCUGUCUACAUGGAGCUCCUUCCUGCUCCUGCUGCUCUUCAUCUUGGUGUCUGGGACAGAGGUUCCUCCGUACCUGGAGAUGAACGGUGUGUGGUUGUGUUUCAUUCACAGUCUGCACACUGCAGUGGCCCUGAGGAGCUGCUCCUGCAUCUUCUGCACUCACACACAGGACGACACGUGGAAGAGCCGCACACGUCACCCGCACGUCUGCAGCCUGACGGACAAAUACAGUUUGACCUCAGAAACUCUAACAGUGCAGGUGCCUCACACUCGGAGACUCGCCUGAUCACCAUGGAGACAGUUGAGGGAGCGAAGAGGGGGACUUCAGGGGGAUGUGUGUGGAGGAAGAGUGUGGAGGAAGAGUGUGGAGGAAGAGUGUGGAGGACCACAGAGAAAAUCCUUCAGACAUAAAACCUCCAAACACAAACUGAGGAACUGUGGUCCUGAUGAAUGACAUCACUUCCUCUUCCUAUCACUUAUUGUGUGUUUGUGGGGUCAGAAAAGCUUCAGGGUCUCUGAUGAGUUCCACAAUAAACACUAAAAGACUUCAUUUCAAUUCCUGUAGUUUUAGAUUUUAGACUCAUGGCUUUAUUUUCUUUUUAUUGGAUUGUGUGUGAACUGUUUGUUCUUGUGAGACGUGGUGUGUAAACUUUGCACUAUUUAUUCCACACAGUCUGAUUUGUGCCUCAGUAGUUAAUCAGUCCUUUAUGUCCUCAUGUCACUGUCUUUGUUCUGAAGCUCUAGAAUAUAUUUUUAAUCUUGUUGACUGAAUAAAAUGUUAUGUAGAAUAAAAGCCACACUCUGAUUGAUUGAA